AUGGGCGACAGCAGCUAUAUGAAAGCCCAGUUUCAAGCCAUCGGGGCUGAAAAGCGCGUCGUGGCAAUUUGCUUCUUUAUCGCCUUGUCACAAUUCCAGUAUGGCUACGACUCUGCCGCAGUUGCAGGAUUUCAGUCGAUGCCUGGUUUCCUUAUUGUGUUCGGGUACAGCGAUCCUGAAAAUCCUAUCGGCUACAACAUCUCCACUAGAGUGCAAACGUUGGUGCAAAGCCUGAUUCAACUUGGAUCGCUUGUCGCUUGCAUUAUAAUUUUUGGUUAUGGACAGUUCUUCCACGGCAGAAUUGGUUUGUGGAUCGCAGGCCUUGCUUCAAUUGUAUCCGUCGGAAUCAUGGUCGGGAGCAAACAUCUGGCAGCACUCUACGUCGGACGCUUCCUCCUCGGCUUCUCCAACGGCUUCUACACCACGUACUCGGCCAUAUACAUGGGAGAGGCCUCGCCGUCGUAUCUACGAGGCCCGAUCGUCGGCAUGAUCAUGUUCCAGGUUUCGUUCGGGGCGCUGAUUGGCAUCCUGGUCGACAACUACAUGCAGACCAACCUGACUCCACUCUCCUACCAGGUACCCUUGGCGGUCACAGCCGUCAUUCCAGUUGUUGUGUCAAUUGGUCUCAUUUUCUUGCCCGAGUCUCCACGCCAUUAUAUCAUGAAGGGGAAUGAAUCAAAGGCAGCUACUGCCAUAACAAAGCUUCGCGGAAUCACGGACACCACACGGAUUCAGGAAGACAUUCGGAUAAUGAAGGAGGCAUGGAUCGCAGAAACAGAAGAACGCACAACCACGUCCUUUCUGGACGCCUUUCGAGGAGCAAAUCUCCGCCGGACGCUCCUCAGCACUGCUGCAUCUGUGGGUCAGACAGCCAGCGGCAUCACCUUCAUCGCAGCCUUCUCUGUCUACUUCUAUGUUCAGGCAAACAUCGGCCAGCCUUUCGUGUGGGUAAUGGUGGGAUUGACGAUAGCGCUCACUGGAAACAUGCUGUCAUUUCUCGCGAUACGCUUCGUCCCUCGCAGGACACUUCUUCUCAACAGCUCUACAAUCAACUCGAUGCUGAUGUUCGGCAUGGCAAUCGUCUAUACAGUUGCCAGCCCAGCGUCUCCGGCCGCAGGCAAAGCCCUCGUCGCGCUGAGUAUCAUCUUCACCUGGGUUUACGGAGUCGCCCAGGGCCCCGUGCUCUGGGCCAUGCAGGCCGAAGUCCCCUCCCAAAAGCUGCGCUCGCAGACCGUCGGCUUGGCGCAGGGAAUCAACUUCAUCUUCGCAUGGCUGUUGACCUACUGCACGCCUUACUUUAUCAAUCCCGAAGCCCUCAACUGGGGUCCGAAGUAUUGCUACAUUUGGGGCGGCAGCAACCUUAUCCUGGCGGUGUUUGUCUUCUUUUUCAUCCCGGAAACGAAAGGAAGAAGCUUGGAACAACUUGACGAGUUGUUUGAGAACCGGGUGGCUACAAGGAAAUUUGCUGCUUAUGUCACGAAUCUUCAACAACCUGAUACGGAUGAGUCGGUUGUGAAAAGUGGUGUCGAGGUAACUCACGUGGAACACCGUCGUAGUGAAGAUAAGGUCUAG